AUGUCCAACCCCCAAGAUCUCCUCAACAACAACCCCGGUCUCGACACCAAGCACGACUCUGCUGGUGCCAAGCACCCCGACCUCAACACUGCCGGUGGUAACCCCAAGACCAACACCGAGUUCGAGUACGCCCCCGAAAGCGCCCACUCCCGACUCGACGGCAAAGACCAGCGUACCCACGGCUCCGCCCUCGCCGACGCCAAACGUGUCGAAGAGCUCGAGAAAAAGGUCCAGGCCCAGCACGAGGAGGCUUUGAAGCACCCCACCAGCGUCGCUACCCAGCACGGUAACGAGCCGUCGAGGGGUGCCAAGAAGGAUGAGCAGUUGGUGCAGGACGAGGAGGAGGAGUUGAAGAAGAAGGAUGAGGCGAAGAAGCAGUCUCAGGAGGCCCACAAGUCCAAGCACCACUAA